UUCAACCUUUGCACAACAUUUCUCCAUUUUACAGACAAAACACUAGAAAAUGUAACUAAGGCUGAGGGGAAAUGUGCGAACGGACCGACAGCAAGUGACCACAAGAAAGUUACAUUUGAACUGUCCAGCCCCCUUUCACUGCAGCAAGAGUAUUCUGGAUCAUAUUUCAACUCAUACAUGGGAUGAUAAUGCUGCCACCACCUUUUAACUUGUUACUGACCUGAGGAGUCCCCUGUCGCUCAGCCUUGCCACCUAAUGGAGUCAUGAAAAGUUCACCUCUCUCCUGGUCAACAGAAAUCAUCCAGACAACUGCCUCCCUCAUCUGGGGAGAUGCCUGCUCUGCAACAUUUCCCUCAGAUUCCAUUUAACCUGCUGAAGGCAAUAUAACACUAACCAGCUGUGGGUAUUUACAGCCUUCAGUUGGUGAGGAAUUACCUUCAACCCAGCUUCUGUUACAAGAGUUCAAGAGUCUGCUGGAUCUUAUAGAAAGACGGGCUCUCAAUAAGCAAGUCAGAGAAACAGUUCUUUCACUGGCAUGUCUGUGAUCUGCUCCCAUGAUCCAUGGUUUCAUGCUAGAGUUAAUGGUGCCCCAAAGCAAGAGUCAGUCUCAUACAACAAGAAGCAAUCUGAGCGACACCGGAGAAGCCACUACCCAGAACAGACUGCACAAACAAGAGCAAAGCCAGAUGGACCAAUCACCAAACAGUACACUCUCUAAACCAACAGCAACACAAAAUGCCACUGUGACAAGCCAGAUAGAUACAUAUACCAACCACAACUGGGAGUUCCUGGUGGCUGUCCUGGUCACAGCCAUCUCUCUCUCCAUUCUCAUCGCCCUUCUGGCUAAGUGCCAGGUGGUUCGGCGCUACCUGGCUAGCUACAGACACACACGGCUGAGGGAGGCAGACACUGCCAGCGAGUGUGACCCAUCAGGCAUUGAGGUGGAAUUUGCCAUGCGCAGGGGACGUGGAAUGAACCCUCACUGUAUUCCAGCUGUAAGCGAGGAAGAUGAUGACGGAUUCAUUGAGGACAACUACAUCCCAGCCAGUGAGAGAGCGCGAGCUGAGAGAGCAGCGGAGAACAUGGAAGACUCAGAGGGCGAGAUAGAUGAAACUGAAUAUACCAUCACUUAGUAGGAGUGUCAAACCCAUGAACCACCGAUUCCACUCCCACCUUUUCUUUAGUUUUCUCUGUUUUUCUCUCUUCCUCUUCAGCUGUUAGUAAACACAUAGAUUACUUUACAAGAGUGAAAGGAAUUUUUUUACUUUUGUAUUUGGCAGACAGAAAUGUUUCCCAGUUCAGGUAAUUUGCCUAAUGAGCUCGGAUGAACAUUGCACAUAAUAUGGUACAGUGCUCACAAAGAAUCAGAUUUCAUCAGGAUUUGUCCUGUAUUUAUGGUGGCCAGACAAAUCCCUAGCAUCUACAUUCUAGUUACCUUUAAUCGUGUGUCUAAAUUCAUGUAGCAACUUAUGCUGAGGCUAAUAAGCUUCGAGGCCCCAUGGAAUAGUUAUGUUUAAAAUGCAUACAUAUUGCUAUAAACAAGACUCUCGAAUGGCCCGGCUAUUUCUGGUGUAUGACUAGUCACCUGCAGUUGUAUGUAACAUAUAUAGAUGGUGCAACCCUGAGCUCAUGUUAAGAAAAAUAAGUAAUAAAAAGUAAAUACCUACAAUGCAUAUUUCAGUUCAUAUCUUUAAAUUGUGCUGUUACAGAGCCACUGUACAUUGGAUAAGGAUAAUCACCUUUAUUGGCCAAGUAUGUUACACACAAGGAAUUUGUUUUCGGUACAGAAUUGUAACUUUUGCUUUUUCAGAAUCUUUGUUCAACAUGCCAUAAAACAGUUACAUGUAGAGUAGGCCUACAGAAAAAGCAAAAAUGUAGGUUAACUCACUUAAGAUAAGGGAGGUAGAUUACCACUAAUUAGUUCCUUUGCACUCAUGGCUGCUAUUUUUAGGAUUAUAACAGUAGGCUCAAAAUGUGCAGGAAUUCAGUACUUCCCUAAUGUAAACUCAUAAUACUGUAUUAGGUCAGUGAAAUUGUAAA